CUCUCUCUCUCUCUCUCUCUCUCUCAUCCAAAUACAACUAUCUCUGCCCCCCUUUCCCCCCCGCCCUGUAUCUACAUCCCUCCUCCCCCGCCGUCUCUCUCUCCUCCCCCCACCCCUCUCUCUCUCUCUCUAACUCCCACACUCCAUCUCUCUCUCUCCCACACUCUUUCCAAUCGACCUUUUCCCUUCCCUACGCUAACUCCAACUCCAAGCAAGGUACAUAACCAAUCAAACCCACCACCGCUUUCCAUCCACCUUGUUCCCUCCCCAAAUCCUCCCCCUGUACACCACCUAUUUACCAAAAUCCCCCCACUAAUUCUCAUAAAUCUCAAAUAUCAUCGGCGGCGGCUAACGCAUCCCGAGCUUAGUCACAUCAUCCUUCAGCAGCAGUGUGAAUUUUAGUAGUUUGAGAUAUUUUCUAAAAGACGGAAUUUUAGUAAUUUGAGAUAUUUUUAAAAGGCUGCGACACAAGCGCUUGUGCACGUGCACGCGAAUUAUGGGACUUUAGAUCCUGAGAGCCGGCAUGGGCUGCGUGUUCGGCAAGGCCGCGGCCGGGGAGAGCCGGCGGAGGCAAUCCGGAUCUACUCAGACCCGACGGAGCGUCGUGGAUAAUAAGCUGGGCGAAUCCAGUAGGGACGGUGAUGUUAGGGUUAAGAAGGAUGUAGAGAGAGAACGGAAUCAGGUCGCCGGUGGUGCCGCGGCGAAGGGGAAGCCGGCGUGGGGAUCGAAGGCCAGCCAAGGCUGGCCGGCGUGGCUGUGCGAAGUCGCCGGCGACGCCGUCAAGGACUGGACUCCUCGUCGCGCCAAUACCUUCGAGAAACUCGAUAAGAUUGGGCAAGGGACGUAUAGCAAUGUAUAUAAAGCUAGGGAUUUGAUUACAGGGAAGAUUGUGGCAUUGAAGAAAGUUAGGUGUGAUAAUUUAGAGCCAGAGAGCCUGAAGUUCAUGGCACGAGAGAUAAUUAUUUUGAGAAAGCUGGAUCAUCCUAAUGUUAUAAAGCUUGAAGGCCUUGUCACGUCGAGAAUGUCUUCAAGUCUAUACCUUGUAUUUGAGUACAUGGAACAUGAUCUCUCCGGUCUUGCCGCUUGCCAGAAGUUCACGGAGCCACAGAUCAAAUUGUUUAUGAAACAGUUGUUAUCUGGGCUUGAGCACUGCCACAUGAAUGGUGUAUUGCACCGCGAUAUCAAAGGUUCCAAUUUGCUUAUUGACAAUGACGGGAUUCUGAAAAUAGCUGAUUUUGGACUAGCUUCUUUCUAUGAUCCUGAUCGCAAGCAACCAAUGACAAGUCGGGUUGUCACCCUUUGGUAUCGUCCGCCAGAGCUACUUCUCGGGGCCACUUAUUAUGGUGUUGGUGUGGACCUGUGGAGCGCUGGAUGCAUUUUGGCGGAGUUACUUGCUGGGAGACCAAUAAUGCCUGGGAGAACAGAGGUUGAGCAACUGCACAAGAUAUUUAAGUUAUGUGGGUCCCCAUCUGAGGAAUAUUGGAAGAAAUCCAAGUUGCCAAACUCAACUCUUUUCAAGCCACAACAGCCAUACAAGAGUUGCAUCUCAGAAACCUUCAAAAGUUUUCCUCCUCCUUCUCUCCCUCUGAUUGAAACUCUUCUUGCAAUUGACCCCGAUGAACGAGGUUCUGCCACUGCAGCACUAAAUAGCGAAUUCUUUACGACUGAGCCUUAUGCUUGUGAGCCAUCAAGUUUACCAAAAUAUCCUCCCAGCAAAGAAAGGGAUGUGAAAUUGAGGGAUGAAGAAGCAAGAAGGCAAAGAGGUUUAAGUGGGAAAUCUAGUGUCGUGGAUGGAAACAGAAGAAUAAGACCCCGGGAUCGAGGUAGCCGGGCAAUCCCAGCUCCAGAAGCCAAUGCAGAGCUUCCAGCAAACUUGGAUCGGUGGAGAGUUCUGAACCAACCAAAUACUAAGAGCAAGAGCGAGAAAUUCCCCCCUCCCCAUCAGGACGGAGCAGUUGGACACACGCUGGAUAAAUCGCUUAAUGGCCCUAUUUCGUUUGUUGGUACAUCUGAUGCGUCCUUUGUCUCAUCAAAGGACUCAAAGUCAUCAGGGGCCGUCAGUGAGACUGCAGCCACAGUUGGGCCUUCUAAGAAGAGGAAAACAAAAAGAGAGGGCGGCCAGACAUCACGGAGAUUUAUUCGUGCCUUCAUUCCGUCCGCAGGUGCACUAUCAGUGGAUUUCAGAUGGAAAAAUAAAGGAUCAGCUUCGGAGGUUUUCCCCAGCAGAAGGUAGAGAGCAAGUAUUGGAGGGGCUACAAAUUUUGUUUGGAUUAGGUAUUUUCCUCUUCCCUUGUCCGUAAAAUGGAUAUUUGUUCAUAUCGCUCCAGGUUUACUGAGAUUUACCAGUAUAACCAUUUUGUAUAAACUCCAAACAAGAGGAAUUCGAGGAACUAAAGUGUAUAAUGUGCGAAAUGAAAUCACACUCUUUUGUACAGUUCUUUGAAAUUAGUAGUGGCUAAAUUCCCAUGGAAUGAAAAGUUUCCUUCUAUUGGCUCCUGUUUA